AUGACUCCAAUUACAUGGAAUGUUAAUGAUAAAUCCGCUCUUUUAGAUGUGGAUUCAAAUGGACUUAGAGUAAAUUAUACAGCUGAACUAAAUAAGUUACCGGGUAAUUGUGGGAUUUAA